GCCAAAGUGUGUCCACGUUCUCUCCCUGCUCCCUGCGUGUGUGUUUCUUAGGGCAGUGUGACUUGGCACCAAGAUAAUGUAAGACUCUUUACGCGCUCCUUCUCGCGUCUCCCCUCUACCACACUCCGCUUCUUCCACCAUCGGAGCUCCUACGAACCUAUGGUAGCUUCCGUUCUUCGAGGCGCCUUAGAACGAUCGAUGCCACUCUUCGCGAGCCUCGGUGUUGCUCCUCCGGCUUAAAUACAUUUAUGUACGUUCCAUAGUUCGUAGCUCCAGAAGGCCCCAGUAUAUAGCAGGAUACUCGGAGCUCCGAGCCGUAAUUCCGCCGGUCUGGUGGGUUCCAAGUGAAUUAUUUCACCCGUCCCUGUGCCGGCAGGCAUCCGAUAAUAUAAUUUUAAGACGCCUCAGAUCUAGCGAGAGGGCUGAAAUAGCAGUAGGCCGCACUCCAGCAGUUGCGCGUAUAUAAAAAUUGCACCCGCCCGCGUGUAGAAUAUCACCCACCGGUGGCUGCAGGGCCGCCAUAACCAUGUCGGUAAUCCCGAUGUCGCCGUCGACGACGGUGGCUGUGCCGUCCGCUGCCGUGUCGCUUGCGCCUCCGAAGUCGUCCAAGCCGGUCGUCGCACCCUCUGCGUCGCUGGUGUCGCAAAGGUCGUCGCUGGCGUCGCAGAAGGCGUCGCUGGCGGCGGACGUGGUGGGCGACGUGUGGAAGGCGGAUUGGUACGUGGCGCACUGCUACAAGAUCCCCGCCAUGGCGCAACUCAACCUCGUGCUCUCGCAGGUGGCGCAAGCACCCACGCGGAGCGACAUAAGCCUCCCCAGCAGCGGCACCGCCGACCUAAAGCGCUUUCACCGCGACCUGGCGGAGUUAAUCUCCUCGGCGGAGUUCGCGGGGAAGCAGAUGAGCGUCUUUCUGCACGCCGUGCAGUCCACCGCGUCGGGCCUUCAGAAGGACAUCGCGAAGCGCCUCGCGAACGAGAAUCCGUCCGUGUUGCGAAAUUCGCGAAGGUGGUUUCCGAGAUUUCCCUCGGGGGGAGUAGACGAGUCGACUGUAGCUGCAGCGCUAGCGACGUCGGGGGGGGUUGCUUCUGCGGUUUCAGGUGCGGCGGCCAGCGGACGGGAGUCGGCGGACGUUAGGGGUCAUGAUGACGGAAAGGGUGGCGUGCUCGCGAGCCAAACGGACCGUACCGUCGUCGUUCCCGGCGAUAGUACUGCUCAAACCGCUGGACACAGUGACAGUAGCGAAGCUAUCCGGAAUCUUCGUCUUUGGGCCGAAUCGAACCGGGAAUGCUUCAGCGCUACUUUCGCGUCCGCGCAUCCGCCGUCGUCCGACCGUCAGACGUUGGCCAAGUCGCCGUCUAAACGGACGUUCGCGGCUCGGCUGCGCUCCCGGUCGAUGAGCGGAGUGACGGCGGCGGCGGCUCUGUUCCGCUCCCCCGAGAACGCGGUUGCGCGCAGCAAAGAUUCCGCCUCUGCGCGGGGAGCGGGAGGAGCAGCGGAAGCGGGGGAGACAAUGGAGCCGGCGGAGGGGGUAGGCGCAAGAAACGAAGUCCGCAGUUCGAGUCCCUUCUCCUUCCGCGUCUCCCCGCCGUCCCCGCUCCUAGUGGGGGAAGCGGAGGCGGAAGCGGAAGGGGACGAAAGGGGGGGCGGGGAAUGCGGAGUGAUAGCGAAUCGGGGACAAGCAGCAGCUGCCCCGAGGGGGAAACGGGAGAGGGGGAAGCGGGUCAAGACGGGGGGAAGCGGGAGGUUGGGGAGCGAGACGACUGGAAAGGGGAAGGCGCGGAAAGGGGAGCGCGGGGAAAGAUGGCAGGGGGAAUUGCGGGAAGCGGAAGUGCGGAGGAGGCGGGGAGAGAGCAUGGGGGAACAGGGGCGGAGAGUUCAAGGGGAGAUUUAAACAGUACCAGGGAAUUGGAUUCGCUAAAGGAUACCCAAUCAGAUACCAAUGUUUUCCGGGCAGCAGAAACAAACAGCGUUGCUUCCCGCCAUGACCGCGGCAGCAUGUCUCUGCCACGUGCUGUCACGUCAGCAGAGGCGCUCUUCCCGUCAUCCACGUCAGCAGCAGUCUCUGCCACGUCAUCAGGAAGAGGGGGGGGCGCGGGAGGUAGAGCAGGGGACGUCUACGGUCCGCGCUUAACUAAGAGCCGGUCGGUAGCAGUAGAACGUAACAGACACAGUUACAGCAGCGCCAGCAGCAGGGGGGAAGGGGGAAAGAAAGGGGGACGGGAGAAGGGGGAAGGCGGAGCGGAAGGGAGAGUGGGAGGGGAAGGCGGGAAAAGGGCGGGAAAACCGCCCCCUAAGAGCAGUCACGAGCGCUUACAGGAGAUUCUAAAGAAUGUGACUAUAGGGGGUACUAGAGGAGGGCCGUUACAGAUGGCGCGAGGGGCUAUAGC